AUGGGAGCAGGUCCUGUCACAGAUCCUGGUGAAGAAGACAAUGAUGAGACGCGGCCAUCUCAGUCCAUCCCUCUGCAAAACUGCCUUCCAGCGCCUGGCAUCUGUGUCCUUGAUAAACUCAUCAAAACGUGCCCAGUCUGGCUUCAGCUGAGCAUGAAUCAGGACAGGGCUGGAGAGAUACUCAGCAAAGAAACAGCAGGGAUAUUCCUAGUUAGGAGAGAUGGUAACAUGAACAACAUGGUACUCUUGGUCCACUUCCCAGCCCAGAAUGCGGCUUCUGAUGUGCAGGAGUACAACAUUAAAGAAGAAAAAUCAUUACUGUACCUGGAAGGAUCUGUUCUAGUGUUUGAGGACAUCUUCAAACUGGUAGCGUUCUACUGUGUCAGUAGGGAUUUGCUGCCCUUCACACUCAGGCUGCCCCAAGCAAUACUGGAGGCCAAUAGCUUUGCAGACCUCGAAACCAUUGCGAGCCUGGGGAUAGGCUUCUGGGACUCUUCUUUAAACCACAGAAGAACAGGAGGGGGGAUUUCCCAGCCUGUGAAAGACUCUGCCCUCAGAACUGCCCAGACGAAUAAUCUAAGGUCUAGCCAGCAGUUUGCAAGUAGCACAAACCACUGUUCAUGUGAAAUUGAGCUGUCAAUAGGAAAUGACAAGCUGUGGUUUGUGAAUCCUAUUUUUAUAGAGGAGUGCAGCAAUCCUCUUCCUCCGGAUGUACCUCCUUACAAGAGCUCCAGUGCAAGCGCUGAUCACUGUAGUGCAACCACACCAAAUCCUAAGAGGUCUCCUCACCGUCCCCCUCCACCUCCUCCUCUUCCUCACAGUCAAGAUCUGAAGCCACCUGAAAAGCUAUCUAAGGAUUCCAUGACUGCCUGUGAAGAGGACCAGCUGCUUCUUCAGCAACUGAGGAAGAGCACUAAGGAAAUGAAAAUUGAGGGCAGUAAAGGUAAGGAAGAAAAGGGAAAAGAACCCUACUCAUCCAGUGACCCAUCAUCAGCCGCCCCUCCGAAAUGUGCUCGUCCCUCCAUACCUCCGAGGAGGCGGCCAUCUGAAAGAGCUUCAGAAGAGAGCUGUGUUGGUAAGCCUGGAAAAUGUGAAAUGCUGAAAGAGGAACAGACACAAGAAGAAUGGGAUGUUCGUACAGAGAGCAAUGAUUCUCAGUGCACAAAGACAGUAAAAAUGCUUGUUGCCAUUACUGAGAGAGCCACAUCAGAGUGCCAGGAAGCAAAGCCCAAAGCUGCAGAAAAAGAGAACUUGACUGAGCUACAAAGGAAGCCCAUGGUAAUCGUAAAGAUGCCCCCUGUCCCACCACCAAGAAGGAAGAGGCUAUCUCGGCUGCCGACUGCUUCCAGCUCCUGCGACUCGAAACAAAUAAACAUUGCAGAGCCAGACACACACAAUGCACAGUCUUCAUCCACGGAUAGCCCACAGCCAGAAGGUGAUGCCACCUGCCAACACACUCAGGAUGAAUCAGAUGCUAGCUGUAAAUCUGUUAGCUCAUCUGAACUUCAAGGUUCUCAUACCUCCCUGGACUGUCCAGGAAGCAAUGCAUUGGCUCAGACCUCUGCUUCUGAGCCUGAUUCUUACUCCACAAGCAGCACGGAGGAUGACCUAGAGCAACUGAGCAGCCCUGCCAUUAAAAAGACACAUUCUGUAAUCUUGGGCAAGGCCAAGCAGAGGCUCUCCUUUGUAAGCCUAACCAAUGUCUUCACAGUCUUCUUAUCUGCUGACAGAAAGCUGCAGAAGAAGAUUGUAGAGCUGUCACAGGACAAGGAUUCUUACUUUGGCAAUUUGGUGCAGGACUAUAAAGUGUACAGUUUAGAGAUGAUGGCGAAACAGAGUUCCAGCACAGAGAUGCUACAAGAAAUUCGAAUGAUGAUGACUCAGUUGAAGAGUUAUUUAAUACAAAGUACAGAGCUGAAAUCUCUCAUAGAUCCAUCAGUUUAUAAAGAAGAAGAAGUAGAAGUGAUUGUUGAGUCAGCGUUGUACAAAUGUGUCCUGAAACCUUUAAAAGAUGCCAUCGAUUCCUACUUACGGGAAAUCCACAACAAAGAUGGAUCCUUACAGCUGCUGAAAGAGAACCAGUUGGUCAUACAGAACACAACCACCACUGACCUGGGUGUCACCACCAGCGUGCCCGAAACUGUUGUGCUGGAAAAAAUCCUUCACAAGUUUACAACCAUGCACAAGUUCUACUCCCCAGAGAAGAAGAUUGGCACACUGCUGAAAUCCUGCAAACUCAUCUAUGACUCCAUGGCUCAGGGAAACCCAGGGAAGCCUUAUGGUGCAGAUGAUUUCCUCCCGGUGCUCAUGUACGUCUUGGCCCGCAGCAACCUGACUGAGGUGCUUCUGAAUGUGGAGUAUAUGAUGGAGCUCAUGGACCCUGCUCUGCAGCUGGGCGAGGGUUCCUAUUACUUAACUACCACCUAUGGAGCCCUGGAGCACAUCAAGAACUAUGAUAAGAUAACAGUAACUCGGCAGCUGAGCAUGGAAGUGCAGGAUUCCAUUCACCGCUGGGAGAGGCGGAGAACGCUCAACAAGGCCCGGGCAUCCCGCUCGUCUGUGCAGGAUUUCAUCUCCAUCUCCUUUUUGGAGACUGGUGCCCAGACACGGACGAUGGCCUCGCGGAUAGACACGACAACUCAGCAGCUAGGCCAACAAUGCGCUGAGAAGUUUGAGGUGUCGGAUCCCCAGAACUAUGGGCUCUUUGUUCACGUUGACGACAAGUGCCUGCAGCUUGCUGACGAUGCCCAACCCCAUCAUAUAAAAUCCUAUCUUCUGAAGAGCGAACCCAAAAAAGAUUUCCAUUUUAUUUAUAAACUGCUAUGCAAGGAAGAGACACAGAUUCCAGUCAUCAAAGAGCCAGACUUUUUAUAA